AUGCUUGUAUUUGUGUUGACUGUGGAUGCAAAAAGGCAUCAUCGAAGUUGUGAAGCUGUGGUGUUACAUAAGAAAUCCAUCUUUGGAAGAGGAAAUAUGGAAAAACCUCACUCGUUGAAGCAAAAAUUAGUGAAAACUGCCGCUAAACAUGCUCUGAAGACAGGCCGCAAGAAGUUUGCUCAUAAAAGUGAGAUCAAGCGUUUCCUUCAUACAUUAGCCUUGUUUUUGGACAUCUCUCUUACUCCUCUUUCUCUGUCCAUCUACACUUCCAUCAUCUCGACUUGGCAAAGAUAUUUUUAUUUGAUCCAUUUAAAAAUAUCAAGAUCACACCGAAAAAUGGCGUGGAAAUGGAUUUGGACCUCUAUCCAGUAUUGGACUUCUAUAUCUACCAAUUGUUCUGAGUUUACUCUAAUCUCCAUUUGGUGGUGUCUUCUUAUUUUUAAGCUUUUGCUGUAUUUAAAAGUUUAUUUAAGAACCUCAAAUAGACAAGCAUUUAUCCGAAUCCCAAUUAAUUCUACACCUCAUGGCCUUCAUGUGACCAUUUCCAAGUUUUUCAGGUCAUUUGUACUUUUAAAUAUGGACGAAUAA